UAUACAAACAUUGUUAAACUGGAAAAAGAAGAAGAUUUUUAAUUUAUUUAUGUUUCUUAGUUAGGUCUUUUCUAUUUUUGAUUUUGGGCAGUCUAUUAUUUUGCUUCUUGAAACUUAAACUUUCAGUGGCUAGAGUGUAGUAGAAAUAGUAUUCUGAAGUCUGAUAUGAAACCUUGAUUCUGCAUAAUUAGUUUUUAGAUUAAUUUCUGAAUCUCCAAAGAGAAAAGUUAUCGGUGUAUAAUAGAUUAAAAUAAGUCUUUUACAAACAACUGCAGCUUCCAACCGAAUGCCACAAACUUCAUAAAUUUAUCUCUCUCUCUCUAAGUUAUGUAAUUGUGUUGCACACCGAAGUUUCUUAAGCUCGUUUCAAGUGAAAAUAUAUUCUUUCAACAGUUUCAUAGUUAAAAAUAUUGUCUUAAAGAGCUAGGACUUGUAUAAAGCAGUUCAAAGAAAUUACAGUUUAUUAUAUUGGAAUAAUUCUGUAAUUGUCCUGAAUUUGAUUUUGUGCCAUGAUGUGCGUCUCCUAUAAGAAAUAUGAAGAUAAAAAUUCACCAAGUUCUAUUCUUUUUCAUAUAGCAAGGUUACAGAGAGUUUUAAUAUUAUUAAUAAUUGUAAGUUUUCCAAUUUUGCGCAGCAGGGUUCACAUGUUCUGUUGCAUUGUUUCUUAUAUUUCACAACCUUCGUGCAUAAUGAUGAUGGGUUACAGACUGAAUUCCAUCAGAACCUAUGAUCUUAAGAACUCUUCAGAAAUUUUUUGUACUGCUGUUACUUGUAACAUACCAAUGUUUAGAGGGUUUGCGUACCCAGCCACAUUCCCGAGGAAGGAAGCCUGGUACCUGCCAGGUGGUCCCCAGCGCUGAACUCGACGUUGUGGUGACGAGAAAGGAACCCUGGUCAUCCGGCUUGUAGCCUUGCCACUAUGCUGACUGAGCUGCCAUGACUACUCUCAUGUAACCAUUUUUAUGUGGCUCUAAUAUUCAUGGUUUACAUUGUGCAAAAAAGAAUUAACAAAAGUUGCAAUUUUCGAAUUUGUACAAUCACACCAAUUUCAGAACCGUAUUGGCUCUUAUGUCGCUCCCACUUCCCACGUCCCUGGAUUGUAAGUAAUUCAGAGUAUGAGGCCACAAGUAGCAUAACGCACAUACCAGAUUUUGAGAUAGCUGGUCAUCUGGUUCAGAAGUUUGAAGGGCAGAGUGAAAGAGGGAUUCUUCAGAAUGAUGUGGAAUUAUUAAUUUGGAGUUCUUCAGUUGCUCAUAUUGGUGUUAAUAAUUAAUGUGACCAGGCAAUUAAUUAGUGUUGCGAUUAACGUGCUUACUGGUCAUUUAUAUUUAAUAUUAGGCCAAUUUGGAUGUAGUUGUUUCUCGACACUGCAACCUUCUUGUGGGUUUUCGCCGCUUCCUUUUCGGAUGUUUGUUGGUCAUAGUUGUGCGUGAAGUGAGUGACCAGAUUCGGAGGUAGUUGGUCGUCUUUAAAUUAUAUGCUAUGAAUACUAAUGAUUAAUGCACAAAUUAUAUUUUUAAUUCUAAAAUCCUUGGCGAUUAGCCAGCCAUGUCCAUCUCAUAAGCGUGCUAAAAUGUAUAUUCUUCUGCGUUAUAUACUGCAUCUUGUGUAAUAUGGAAAGGCGGACGUGGAUGGCUGACACAAAAUGCUCAUUAAUUGACAAGAGAAGUUUCAAAUGCUUCUAUUUCUUUCUUUCUGUAUGGACAUACUGUCUACUGUUCGCGCGCCGUAAGAAAUCCGCUGAGAAGUCGAAGCUGAUGAAGGCGGUGGUCUCAGUACGCAAGCGCAUACCGCUUAUUCCAGUUCCAAUAACUUUAUGCGCCAAUAGUUUCCAGCAGUGCAGUACAUUGUGCAUGCGGGAUUGGAUUGAUGUUUUGCGACAGACUAUAGCGUAGCCAUUCAUGGCCACCCCCAUUCCAGCAUACAUCUGCUGGCGUGGGAACCGUAGUUACGUUAUGAUUGUGUUACGUUACUCGUUUUUGCUUUACGGUGAGUUGUGUGCUGUGCGGUGUGGCAGUCUCGAUGGAAAGUUGCGUUUAGUAUAGGCCUAGAUGUCUUUACUAAUUGGUACCUUAUAACCGUUGAUUUCGUGUUGUUUUUGAAUGUCAGCGUGUUCUAUGAAGUUUCUGUUAUAAUAUAAAUUCUACUUUUAUGAGACUAGUGGAAACAAGUUACAAAUGUAUGGUAGAUGUUUACCAACGUUUUAAAUGUCCUUACUGUCUCCAUCAUCAGGGCGCUACAACCCAGAAGGCAGCCAUCUUCAAGUAAAAAUAAUGUUUCCAUCAAACAAGCUGAAGAUACAGAAGUUUGCAGUGAAACAGUUGAGUGCGUCGAGCUCUGCAUUAGCAGAUGAGAAGGGAGACGACUUGAGCUCUGUUAUGCUUAAAUCCCUGCAAUGUACUGACCGUUUCUGUCAUCGGUAUAUGUACCCACCUAUCAAACAAUGCAGAAUGUUUCCAUCAAACAAGCUGAAGAUACAGAAGUUUGCAGUGAAACAGUUGAGUGCGUCGAGCUCUGCAUUAGCAGAUGAGAAGGGAGACGACUUGAGCUCUGUUAUGCUUAAAUCCCUGCAAUGUACUGACCGUUUCUGUCAUCGGUAUAUGUACCCACCUAUCAAACAAUGCAGGUCUGGCCACUGCUUUUGCUUCAGCUGUUCUGAGUCACUGCAUCGACUGUGUCCAAUAUGUGGCACACAGAUCAUCGAGCUAAGAAAUCGUGCCUUGGAAGCAAUUGCUACAAAACUUCUGACCACAUGCAAAUACCGCUCUGAAGGCUGUCCUGAGGUUAUGGUACGUGCAUGCGAUAUGAUCGGUCAUGAAAAGCGAUGCCAGUUUCGUUUAUACAAAUGUUUUUCUGCUAAAUGCUCGUGGACUGGCCCAGCUCAAAACCUUGUCGCCCACGUGGAACGCAAUCACAGGGAAAGAUUAUUCGUGGGGUCUGAAAAAGUCUUCAAAAUAACGAAAAUUGAAAAUCGUGAAGAUAUGGACAUGAUGUUCUUAUUUUCAUGUGGAGAUGAGAAAUUCUGGGUGAAGUUAAUUUACAAGAAAGCAGCCACUGCAUUCUUUGGAGCUGUUCAAUAUAUCGGCCAAACUGAUAUGGCUAAUAACUAUAAAUAUUGUUUUGAAAUUAAAGCUUCAGGCGUCACCUCUGAAAGAUAUUUCUUAUGCAUAAGAACAACACAUGCAGAUGUAAUGGAUUUCGAAUUGAUCUUUGAGAGCCAGGAUUGCUUUUGGGCUCCUAUAAAUAUUGCUAAAUAUUUUGCAGAAAAUGAUAUUCUUAUAAUCAAACUGAACAUAGAAGUUGUUGGUCAUCAUUAGGUUAUGUUAUGGCAGACUUUGUUAACAGACACUCAGUAUGAAUUCAUUUGCAACAAGAAGUGGGGUGAGUUACAAUCAUUGUCAUUGCUGGAACACCAUUAACAACAAUAACUGAUACGGCCAUUGACAAUUUCUGCUUCCAAGUUUUAAAUAUGUGUUUAUUGUUAAAUUUGGACUAAUUAAUAAAAACACCGAAUUAGAAAUAA